GUGUCGUUAACAUCAGUUGCUCCGAGCAGCGGCUUCUUUCAUCUUGUUUUUACACUUUUUACUUUUUUAUGUUUGAACUGGACGUGAAGUUUACCAACAUGACGUCAUGUGUCCAGGUACUCGUCACUUCCGUCCUGGAGGAAUUCACGACGAGCGCGAAAAGUGAAAUUUGUCAAAGGCUCGUCAUUACGUCACACACACAGGACGAGCUGCAGCUCGUGUUGAGGACGUUGUGUGAGUCUUUGCUGAAGGAGCUGAAGCAGCUGCUGGACGCUGUCCAGCCUCUGCAGGACUCCUCCCUCCCUGCAGCAGCAGAUGUGAACGAUCAAUCAGAGGCUCCUACAGAUGAUCCCAGUCAAUCAGGCGUCUGCAGCAGCGUCUUCUCCAGACGGACCAACCUGGUGGCUCACCUGAGGGUUCAGGACAGAGACCGGCCCUUCACCUGCCCCGACUGUGGGAAAGGCUUCUCAGCCCGCGGCAGCGUCAGAGUGCACCAGCUGACCGUCCACAGUGGCCGGCGUUCGUUCACGUGCUCUCACUGCAGGAAGGUGUUCGGUACCCGCAGCCACCUGCGGACCCACCAGAUGACCAGCAACGACACGCUCACAUGUUCGGCCUGCGGUGAGACGCUGGUUGCGCGAUGCAACCUCAGGCAACACCGACUGACCUGUCAGAGGUCAGACAGGACGUUCAGGUGUGCAGAGUGCGGGAAGGAGUUCUCCAAACUCUGUUACCUGUCUGUUCAUCGGAGAGUCCACCUGAAGGACAAACCUUUUAAAUGUCCCACCUGUGAGAAAGGUUUCACCACGCACCGCAGCGUGCACGUGCACCAGCUGACCGUGCACAGAGGACUGAAGCCGUUCACCUGCAGCGUCUGCGGGAAGACGUUCAGCCAGCAGAGCGGCCUCAGAGCUCACCUGAGGACGCACACAGGUGAGCGGCCUUACGCCUGCGAGCAGUGUGCGAACAGGUUCUCCAGCAGGAGCAGCCUGACAGUUCACCAGCGGGUCCACACCGGCGAGAAGGCGUUUAGCUGCGACACCUGUGGGAAGAGCUUCAGUUUCUCAGCCAACCUGCGCCGCCACUGCCUCGUCCACUCAGGCCUCCGGGCCUUCACCUGUGACGUGUGUGGCCGCAGCUUCACGCAGGCCGGACAUCUGAAGGUGCACAGCGCUGUGCACAGCUCUGAGUGGGCAUUCAUCUGCAAUGCCUGUGGGAAGGGCUUCAGACAACGCAGCGCACUGCUGCUACAUGAAAAGAGCCACACCGGCAUCAAACCGUACACCUGCAGCGAGUGUGGAAAAGGGUUUGCCUCAUCAGUGUCGCUGAGACGGCACAUGCUGAUUCACAGCAGACAGAAAGCUCACAUCUGCAGCGAGUGUGGGAAGAGCUUUACCAGCGCCCAGGUCCUGAAGAAACACAUCCAGCUUCACGCCGGCACCAAACCCUUCUCCUGCGACGUGUGUGGCCGUGGCUACAGCUCCUCAAGCUACCUGAAGACGCACCGACGCAGUCACUCGGAGGGGAAACCGUUCAGCUGCGGCCAGUGUGAGAAAACCUUCUCCACGCAGGUGAGCGCCAACCUGCACCAGCGCACACACAGCGGUGAGAAACCGUUCGUUUGUGAGGUCUGCGGGAAAAACUUCAGUGUGUCACAGAACCUUGUGCGACACAAACGCAUCCACAUUGGUGAGAAACCGUUUGAGUGCAGCAUCUGUGGAAAAAGAUUCAGUCAAAAGAACAACCUGAAAACCCACCAGCUGAUUCACUCUGGACAGAAACCAUUUAGCUGCUCCAGCUGUAGCCGCAGCUUCACCACCAGGAGGAGCCACCGAGAGCACAAGUGUCCCAACCAGGUCUGAGUCCCGGGGCCUGUACUUUUCAGUGAGCCCUCACCAAAGUGACUCUACACUGUUGUGUGGUGCACACUCUCCUUAAAGGGAAGGAUAAGGGAAGUUUAAAUCUGACCUGCUGACCACAGUAUGUGAGGACCCGGGACUGUGUGUCCUACACAGAUGUCUGCAGUACGAGGGCCCCGCAGGGAACCGUCCUGGCUCCGUUGCUCUUCACCCUCUACAGACUUCUUCUACCCCUCACUCUCCUGACACCUGCAGAAGUUCUCUGAUGACUCAUCACUGAUGAGGACGACAGGGAACACAGAGGACUGACGCAGGACUUUGUGGACUGGUGCCAGCGAAAUUGUCUCCAGAUCAAUGAAGGGAGAACUGAAGGACUGGUGGUGGAUUUCCGCAGGUGCAGACACCCCCCCCCCAACACUGGUGAGCUUCUAGGGAAUGGACAUAGAGUUACUGACCUCACAUACUUAUCAGUACCUGGGUGUUCACCUGAACAACAAACUGGACUAUUCAAGAAGGGCCAGAGCAGACUGUAUCUGCUCAGGAGACUGAGGUCUUUUGGACUGCAGGGGGCGCUCCUGAAGACCUUUUAUGACUCUGUGGUGGCAUCUGGCAUCUCCUUGCACCACCGCAGCUGCACCACCACC